GUCGAUUGAUUGAUCAGGAAUGAACGGCGAUUCGGCUCAUCACGCGUAUCACGUUGGCCCGAAGGGCCGCGUGUUCAAGCGCCGUCCCGCCUUGCCGUGCUACGACAGCCCGCCCCAGACACGCGUGCCGCGAGAUCUGCUCGACGCCGUCAGCAGCGACCCAGACAUGCAGCUGGUGGCAUCAUUUCAAGUGCCCAGGAGCGACGGCCGGGCCUUUCGAGUGCUGAAAGGGCAGCUCUGCCGGUUUGUGGUCAACGAGGGCAGUCAAGUGGGGGACGGUACUUAAGCAGACUCAUUAAAACACUGGCACAAUGGAUGGAUGGGUUCAUGUGGUGUGUGGUGUGAUUGUCAGUGAAUGUGUGGAACUUGCACAACCACAAGGAGCGGUUCUACUCUGGCAAGACGCGGCAGCUGCACGCGUCCCACCUGACGGCUUACGACCGGCUGUGGAGCUGCAUGCCCUUCGAACGACCCAUGGCCACUAGUAAGCACACUAUAAACACGCGCAUCACACGCGCAUUUCGUGAGCCUCCGUCUCUCUCUGUGUGGGUGUGUGGGUGUCUUGUGUAUGUUUUUAAUCGAUCAGUCACUGUCGACACGAUAGCUUAUGGUUGGGACGAGGACGGCGCGGGAGUGCAUGACGUCAUCGGCACACGUGAGAGAGUGAGAGAGAGGAACGGCUCGCUCUAGACUCUGAGAUGGAUUCCUGGACGAACACGGUGUGCGUAUCUGUUGCUGGAUGGCCGCAGGAUGCGAUCCUUACAUUCACGAGCGGCUGACGGGCAAGAGCCACGGCACCACGUGCCAUGAGAACAUCACCAGGGCCAUCAAACCCUUCGGACUCACAGAGCGCGACGUGCACGACGUGAGCAAGGGAGCAGCUGCGUGUGUGCAUGUGAGAUGGGUGAUGUGAUUGAUGAGUGUAGGUGUUCAACAUCUUUAUGUGCACUGGCUUCGACCCAAAGAGCCACACCUACUUUGCCAAGGGCAGCCCAGCCGUGAGCUAUGCACAAACGCCGCAUGAAACCUCCCGUCCUACACCACAGUGGUGUUGCGUGUCUGUCUUGAUUCAGGAGGUGGGCGACGCCAUAGAGAUGCUUGCCGAGUUCGAUCUGCUCGUCGCUCUCAGCUCCUGCCCACAGGGGGACGUAUCAAUCCCUUGGUAAACAUAAACACGCCACCACACCAUCGACACACCGAUCUCACCCAAGUGCCCUUCUUGUCAUGUCAGCGGUCAGCCCGUCCCCGAUUCGGUGACCUUCCCCCUCUUGGUGGAGAUCCGGCAGCCCUCACAGGCCACCCUGCAGCAGUACUUCGCGUGGAGCGACCCGACCACGUCUCUGCCGUCGCUGCCGUGUGCUGACGAGCAGGACGCCGCACCAUUGGUGGAGAGGGACGGGUUGGGAGCGGUGCUGGGGGCGAAGGGGUCUGAGGCGCCCAAGCGGUCUGAUAGCGGUACGCUGCUGCUCGGCCAGUGAGUGAGUGAGAGAGUGGGUAAGGGAUUGCCAUAGAUAGGCCGAAUCGUCGCGUGUUUUUGGACGCGGUCGUCGGUUGGUCGGUCGUGUUUCUCUGGGGUGUCUUCUUGGUUUGGGUGACGAUAAUGGAUGUGGAUAAGU